GUGGUGGGAAACACAUUAGUGAUGAUUGUAAUAACAUUGGAUCGCAUGUUGAGAAGUCCUAAAUAUAUUGCUGUUUUUAACCUUGCAUUUACAGACCUGUUAAGUAGCUCUGCUUUGGUUCCAAAGGUUGUUGACAUUUUUCUGUUUAACCAUUAUUAUAUUUCCUACAAUGACUGCUUGACUUUCAUGUUUUUCUGCUUUACUUUCAUUUUUAUGCAAGGUUUUAAUCUGGUUGUAUUGUCCUUUGACAGAGUCAUGGCUAUCAUGUACCCGCUGCACUAUCAAAUGAGAGUGAGCCACAGGCUCAUUUUAUCUUUGAUCGCUUUUUUCUGGCUUCUUGCCAUAACUCUUAUACUCAUUGCAGCUGGCCUUCUCACAAGACUUUCUUUUUGUAAGUCUGUUGUUAUUCAGAGCUACUAUUGUGAUCAUGGUCCUAUGUAUCGUCUUGGCUGCAAUGAUAUACCCAAUCGUGCAAUUGCUGGUUUGGCACUAGUUAUAAUUCUUGGGUUUCCACUGGCAUUUAUCGUGGGAAGUUACUGCUGUAUUGGCUAUUCUUUGUCAAAAAUUUCUACAUUUAGGGAAAGAGUGAAAGCUUUCAAAACCUACACAGGUCACCUUUCAUUAGUGGCAAUUUAUUUCCUUCCAUUUACAUUUGUGUAUAUCUUUGGGAGUGUAAUACAUCCAAAUGCUAGAAUCAUAAGCCUUUCUAUGAGCACUGUAUUGCCUCCCAUGUUAAACCCGAUUAUCUAUGUUCUUCAGACACAGGAGAUCAAAGAGUCAUUAAAGAAGUUGCUGAAAACUCGAGUUACAUCCAAAAUUGCCACAAAAUAUUAAAAAAGGAUUUAGACUUGAAUGUCUGCAGUGCCCUCUGCCAUCUGAUGUAAAAGAUUUAGUCUUUCUGUGACCAAAGAGAUUGUGCUCCUCUGUAUUUUCAGGACUAAGAUGUAGACAUUAUUUUAACUUUAGUCAGUUUUAGUAGCAGCAAUCUUCUUUUUUCUUUGAAUUUGUUGUUUCAGUACCUGCGUGUGCCACUGUUAUGGUACUAUUAUAGAAUCUAAAUGACCAUAGAAUUGAAAUUACAAGUUAAUAUAAUUGAAAAAGAAUAUUCAACAAUAAAAAUAUAAUUGAAGUAAUACCAGAGUAAUU